AUGAAGCUCAACAUUUCCUACCCGGCCAAUGGGUCGCAGAAGAUCGUCGAAAUCGACGAUGAGCGCAAGCUUCGCCCUUUCAUGGAGAAGCGCAUGGGCACCGAAAUUCCCGGCGACUCUCUCGGUGACGAAUUCAAGGGUUACCUCUUCAAGAUCACUGGUGGUAACGACAAGCAAGGUUUCCCCAUGAAGCAGGGUGUUCUCCUCCCCACCCGUACCCGUCUCCUCCUCGCCGACGGCCACAGCUGCUACCGCCCCCGCCGCACGGGUGAGCGCAAGCGCAAGUCCGUCCGUGGUGCCAUCACCGGUCUGGACCUUGCCGUCCUCGCCCUCAGCAUUGUCAAGCAGGGUGAGGGUGAGCUCCCCGGUCUCACCGACACCGUCGUUCCCAAGCGUCUCGGCCCCAAGCGCGCCACCAAGAUCCGCAGCUUCUUCGGUCUUGACAAGAAGGACGACGUCCGCAAGUUCGUCAUCCGCCGCACUGUCACCAAGGAGGGCAAGAAGGACUACACCAAGGCCCCCAAGAUCCAGCGUCUGGUUACUCCCCAGCGUCUCCAGCGCAAGCGUCACAGGAUUGCUCUCAAGCGCCGCCGCUCUGAGGCUGCUCGCGAGGCUGCCAACGACUACGCCAAGCUCCUCGCCACCCGCGUCCACGAGGAGAAGGCCAAGAAGGACGAGCUCCGCAAGCGACGGGCGUCUUCCAUGAGGAAGUAG